AUGAUGGCAGAGGACCCGGAUUUGGGGGCAAAACGGGCAAAAGCGUUUGAUAACUUUAAAAUUGAAAUAAAAUCGACUAUUGAUGGAAACUGCUACGAUGGCAUGACGUUAACAGAGUGUGAACAGCUUUAUGCGUAUGUUUUCUGUUUGUUUGAACUAAUUUUUAGGUAAUUUUCGUCGCUUUUGAUAGCUUUUGAUGUUGUGGUUGUUGCCUAAACUUUAAAUUUCAUUUUGGUUAGUAAAUUAUAGUUUUAAUUCAGUUUCUUAUUUUUUUGGAACGUUUUUCUUUACUUAAACGUUAGUGUAAUUUUUCAAAAAUAAAAUCUUUAUUUCAUAAAACGUAAUAACAAUAUAUAAGUUUAGACAAGACUGGGGAAAGAAUUUACGAGAUGUAUGCCGAGAUACAGGGAAGCGUAACAUUGCUGAGUUACUUAGUUCUGCUCACGAUGUUGUCAAAGUUAUCAUUAAUAGCGAAACACAGAGGGUGCAUUUGUUUCCGGCGACAAUGAGCAAAACUACCGCUGAAAUCAUGGAUAUGAUUAUUGUAUCAAAUGAGUAAGAUUUUGAAGUCGUUAUUUUAGUUUUAAGUAGUGUUUUUGUAUUUAAUUUUGUUAUUAAAAGGAGGUAUAUUAUCCAUGAUGUAGAUUGAGUAAGAAUGUUUAGUGAAAUUGCUGAGAUUUAUUUGAUUUGGCAAUAAUUUAGCUAUAAAACAUAUUGUAAUGAUUAGAAUGUUAUUUUGGCAAUAUUAUAGUCAUAUAUAGCAUUUAAUUUUAAUUUUUUUUCAGAAAUUAUUUGGAGAAAAAGGCAAGAAGAGAACGUUUCGCCGAAAGAGAUCGCAGAGCUCGUUCUUCAUCAAAGCCUUCUCGAGAUUUCUCAGUUUCAACACCGCCAAAAGCGUCUCGAUCUUCUAGUGUUUUUGCCAACCGAGACAGUCAGUUUAGUGCUUCGAAUUCGGUACCAAUUGGUGGAAUUGAUAAGCCUGUAGUUAUCACUAAUACUGGUCGAGAUAUUGCUGCUGAAAAUGAUGAAGAUGAUAACGGAUGGAAUCAGGGCUGGAAUGGGGAGAAGAAAGGUUUUGGCUUUGACAUUCCUGAUGAGAUCCGACGAAAUAUUGUAACUUCUCCGCUGAAAGAUCAAAAGUCGAGUUAUAUGGACGCAAUUACACCUGCGAAAGGUGCGAAGUCAUCGGCAAAGGAUAAAGAUGCUGGUAAAACAAGAGAAAGAGCGGUAAGCUAUAUUGAGGAUGUCAUUCGACGUAUGAGGGAGCAAAGGAGGUUUCAAAAAGAAGCCAGUCCAAAAGGAAGCAAGUCAUCAAGUUCACCGAAAUCAAGUUCAUCAAAGGACGGCCAAUCACCUAGCUCAUCGAAAGACAGCAAAUCACCUUCAUCAAAAGCUGGUCAAUCACCUAAAAAAGCAACUAAGUCAAUGUCAUGGUCUUCAUCUCCCACCAAAGUCCGUAUGGACGAUCACCCGCUUAGAAGUUACGAUACUGAGAUGACAAUGUUCGAAUUCAAAUCACAUGAUGGCUUCCAGUGUUCGAUACCUAAAUCAGAGAAACAAUCAACCAAAAUUGCUCAACUCAACUUUUCCGAACUUAUGGAUACAGUAAGAAGGGAUGAAGAAGAGCGACGACAGAGGAUGGAGAGUGCGAAGAAAGAGGGUGGAGGUGAUGGAAAGAAGGAAGAAGAUAAAGGACAGGAAGAAGGUAAUAGAAAAGAUGUUAAAGGUAAGGAUUUUUCUUUUAUGUUAAGAAUAUGGGCAUGAUUGGGUUAAUAUUAAGAUUGAGCAGCUUUUUUAUUAAAAGUAACGGUCUAAGUAAGGUGUUUGGUCUUAGACUGGACUUUAAAAGCAGACUUGAUCUUUCUUUUUGGUUUUAUGCUAAAAUUGAUGAGGUUUAAGCUUAUUAUAGUUAAAUUACUACUAAAAUUUCAUUUUUAGCUAAAAAUCCGGAUAAAGAAGAGAAAUUCAGGCUGAAUGCCACUGACGAUGUUUUUCCGCUGUCCAAAGCUGAUUUCCUAAAGGAAAUCAAAAAGAAUGUUGAUGUAGAUGCUGAAGGUGGUGUAGAUACUGGUGAUGACUUAGAUGCUGAUGUUGAAGAUCUCACAGAUCGAUUUGAAGCUAUGGGACGUGAAACAUUAGAGGAAAGUGUUUUGGAAUUGGCUGAGAAAGGUAAGAUUUUGACUAUGAUGCUAUUUAUGAAUGGUUUACAUUUUUUUGGAGAUUUAAAGUUUUUGAAAUGGUAAAAUACGUUAAAGAUUGUCUGGCUUGUUUGAUGAAAAUUUAUGUUGCUUAUAACAGCAGCUUUGUAAUUGUUUAGUUUGCUGGUAAAGGACGUUUUAUUCUUACUUUACUUUGUAAUACUGUUAAUUUUAAAGAUACAAAGCCUAAUCCAUCUAAAACGCAACAAAUUUUGGAUAAUGAAGUACAAGAACGAGUAGCAGACCAGACCAUUGACAAUAGAUUUUACGAAGAGUGUGUUGAUGAAUCAGAGACUGAUAUUAAUGAUGUGCCUGAUGAGGAUGUACCACGUAAGAACCUUUCAAUUUUUUCGUAUUUAUCGAUUCCAAAAUGGUAUUUUAUGCAGCUUUUUUAGAUAAAAAUCGAUCAGAGUUCUAUUUUUGAGCUAGUUUUUAACUAUUUUUUGAGGUUUCUAUAGACUUGUUGACCGAAACCGGCUUAAAAUGCUUGAAACAUUGACUUUUUAAAAAUUUUUAUGUUUUGUCGGCCCUUUUUAUUAGCAAUUUUGGACAUUUUUGAGUAUGUUGCGUAGCUACGCGUAGUGUAAACUUAAAUACUUAUAAUAAUUUUAAAUUUUAUUAAUCUCUUACUGAUUUAGCCUCGCCAAUGGUAACAAAGCCAAAGUACGUGUCAUUGAACGAGACAUACGAGAGAUUAAUGGCAGAAGCGGAUCAAAGUUUUAAUGCAAGCACAAUUCAGGCAUCUUCGGAUGAUGAAACGUAUGUUCUUUAUGAAUUUUAGAGGUCAAAGAAUACGUAGAAUAUGGAAAGUAGAAAGUUUGCAUUGGAAAAUUGGGUAGAGGUAGAUUUUUUUGAUUUGUCUCUAAUUUAAAAAAAAUCUUUAAACUUUUUGUCCCAUGAGCUAAAAUUUAUUAUGUGUACUAUUAGUGAUACAAAGAAAUUAUAUGAAAGUUUGUGUUACUUUUGAGUUAAGCUGAUUGGGUACUUUUCCUGUAAACUACAAAAUUUUUUUUUUGAAAAUUAGACUAAAAGAGGGAAUAGAUUUAACCUUUAAAAUAAGAAUUUCAAAAAGCUUUUUUAAAGCUUGGUUCAGCGAAUUCUUCGAGUGGCAACAUCAGCCGACGUGGCCAGACUGGAACCUGUAGCACAAAUGGUCUACAAGCGAUAUGUGAGUCAGCUGGUUUUUAUGUUUUGGCAUAUAAAAGUACCUGGGUAGUGUGACGCGUUGGUUAUAAAGACAGUUUUGGAACAGUCUUUUGAGUGUCAUUCUAAAGAGGUUUGACUGAAUUUGACAUUAACUAGAAAAUUUUUGAAGUUUUUUUUUGUGUUUAAUGGCUCUUUUUUCAGAAAUAUUUGAAAAAGUUUGUGGCUGUCCUGAAGCCUUGCCAGAGGCUUCGAGUUGUCGAUUUUAGAGCCAAAAUUCGACAAUUAUGUGGCAUUGAAUUACAUAUGCGUUUUGUAAGUUUAGUAUUAUUUUUACUACAGUUUCUUGUAAUUAUUGAUUUAAAAUGAGUGUUUUACUUUGCUUUUAUUAACUAAAAUCAACUGUAAGAAUUAUUAAUCAUUUUCAGUUUAAAAGAGUCUUUGGAAUACAAACACCCAAUUUUGUUUUUGCCAUGGGAAGUCUGCGACCACAACUGUUUCAAUUCGAAGAGCACCCAUUUGCAACGUACAUUGAGUUAGUUCCAGAUGGUAAGUAUAAUACUUUUAUUACAUUUUUCGAACUUUAUAUCCUGUUUCAACGCAAGAUAUAUAAUUUGAUUUGUGAGGGGGGGGGAUGUGGAGAGUUUGGUGAAGACUGUGAGAGCACUUCAAUGUAGCCGUUCUAAAUUGGGCCUCAUCCAGGUGAUCCUGUUUCUCAAGGUACCGAGUUGUGGUGAGGUGCACUCCAAGACUUCAGUCUAUAGUCGAAAGCCUGUGUAGACUGUGAGGUUGACUCCAACCUUUCAGGAUAGAUAUUUAAUUUUAUGUUUACAUUUUUUUUUAAAUUUUUAUGUUAAAAAUUUUGAAAAUUUAUUUUUUCAGCCGAAAAAGUGUUGAGAGGAGGAAUCGCUGAAAUUGGUCAAGAUCUAAGCGAAUCUCUGAGGCUUUUGCGACAAGGAAACGUGUUAAUAGACUCCACAACUGAUUCCGAUUGUUAA